CUAUGGUAUAUUAUAUAUAACUUAAAUUCUUUGUAUUUAUUUUACCCCUUCCCUCUUCCAUUCCAGAAGCUGCAAUUAAUCCCCUGCUCUAUAGCUUUAUGCAGCUGAAAGGUGCUGGUUUGAAUUGAUUCUCAUUGUACCAUAAUGUAUUUACUCUCAAAAUCUUCUAGUUUGUAUCUGCAAAUUUUCUUGGUUUUGUUGUGGUGUAUCCACACAUUGGAGUUUCUUGAAUUGGCAAGUGCAGCUACACCAAAAGUGAAAGUUGGGAAUAUAUCAAAAGUGGAAGAUGCUUCAUAUUUUAGGAUAUACUAUGGACAGACCUUCAAGGUUAUCAAGAACACUCUUGAUGGCAAGAGUUAUCUUCUUAUCCAGAACAACACGAGAAUGGCCAGCAGAACAAAAUAUUGCACCUCAAGAAUAAAGUCUUUCGUUAUCCCACUAGCAAACUACUCGAUCGAGACUGAUUACUAUUUUCCAGUCUCAUUUUUCGAGCUUCUAGGCAUGUUGGGAAACUUGAAAGGCAUAACAUCAACAUAUGUGGCCUCUCAAUGCGUAUUAAAACUAUAUCAGGACGGACAAGUUGAGACCAUUAAUAAGAGUGAACCUCAACAACUUGCACAAUAUGCAGCUCACUUCAUUGCCAACACUGAUGAAACUCAACCCUGCAACUUCGCCACAUUUGUACCUAUUGGUGAAGAUGCACCUCUCCAGCGUGCGGAGUGGAUAAAAUACUUGGGAGUUUUUGCGAAUUUAGAAAACAGGGCAAACCAAGUCUAUGAUGCAAUUAAGGAGAACUAUUUGUGCUUGAGCAAAGCUGCAACCAGUAAGACUUUAGUCAAACCAACUGUAUCUUGGAUGGAGUAUAAAGAUGGAGUGUGGUCAUUUACAAGAGAGCCAUACAAAUUAAAGUUUGUGGAGGAUGCUGGUGGAGUCAAUGUCGAUGAUUCCAUCAACAAAGUCACAUACAAUAUGUCCAUUCCUGAUGAUUUAGAAGAGUUUCAUGCCAUUUUGUGUACUGUGGAUGUAGUGAUUGAUGAAACAUAUACCUCAGAUCCAGUGGUCUAUAAUGCCUCCACAUUUCUUGGAAACAUCAAUCUGGAAGAUCAAUCUUGCUUUGCUUUUCUCUCAAAUCAAAGCUUGUGGAGAUAUGAUAAAAGGGUGCAAAACUCUACAGUCCUAGACUGGUAUGAUGGAGCUGUCUCUCAACCCCAACUGGUCUUAGCAGAUAUUAUUGAAGCUUUAUAUCCUACAGGAAACUAUAACACAACAUAUUUCAGAAAUAUUGCAAAGGGAGAAGGGAUCAUAAGCAUUGGUCCUGAAAUGUGUGAAAGAGAUAGCUCCAUCGCAAUGGAACCUACAGUUAUAGCUUGCCAGUAGCCGCUGCUCUAUUCAAGAUUCUUUGUCAUGAUUUUUGGUUCAAAUUUAUUGUUAGUUUCAGAACUGGAUAUUCUUCAUCAUCUACAGAAAGGAAAAGCUGAGGCCAUAAGCAUUUUGGUUAUUCAAAAUAUGAUAUACUGUGUUCAGUUUCUAACCAAAAUAAUGGAAUAUGAUGCCAUCAGUGUAUAAUUCUGCUCAAGUAUAUUGAAUUUCAGUUCUCACUUAGCUUCUUA